ACCUCUUCACAUAAACACAACAUAAGAAGAAGAAAAAUAAAACCUUUUUGUAACAAAAUCAACAUUUGACAUGGCUGGUCUUCAACAAUACAACUUUUUCCCCACUGAUCUCUUCUACCCUCGUCCACAACCACAAAAAUCUCCUCCUAAUCCAACCAUUCUUCCUCUUCAAACACCAAAUGGUAGUGAAGAUCUUCUUCAUCCAAAAACUCAACAACCACAACCAGCUAGGAUCAUAACCAAAUCCACCCCUUCUACUUCUUCUUUGGUUUGUAGCCACAAGACACAAUCUUUUGGUGUGGUUGACAAUAACAUAUCAAAAUUGUCACCAAACCCAUUUUCUUUGAUGGUUUGGAUGGAUCAAGAGGAUGAUGAAUAGACCUCAAAAAUCUCUUUUUGAAUGAAACAACUUUGUUUUUCAUGUUUUAUGUAAAUAUUUAAGGGAAUAAUAAUAACCUCUCCUCUUUUCUUCUCAUGCUUUAGAAUUCUCUUCUUUUUAAUUUUACCCUUUUUUCGAUAUUGGUUUUCAAUUUUCAUGUUACUAGCUUACACUAAAGUACGUGAAAUGUCUUAUGCCUAGAAGAUGGAAAUCAAUAAAAUUGAAAACUUGUGGUGUUCUUCGUUC